GGCCACGGACUCUCCUUGGACGUGACGUUUGAACGGAUAUUACGUACACGGAAAGGCUUGUUUUCUGUCAUGUGAUGAUCGCACAUAAACAAGCGAAGAACUUUUAAUAAAAUUGGGUUCAAGUGAAGGGUGCAGCAGGCGAACUAACAUUAAAUAGUCAAUCUAAUGAACAUGGCAGAUAAUCUGAGGAGUUAUUUGUAUAAACAACUGCCAAGUGUUGAAGGACUUCAUGCUAUAGUGGUGACAGAUAGAGACGGAGUCCCUGUAAUCAAAGUUGCCAAUGACAAUGCCCCUGAAUAUGCAUUGCGACCAACUUUCCUGUCCACCUUUGCGUUGGCAACUGACCAGGGCAGCAAACUGGGUUUGUCCAAAAAUAAGAGCAUCAUUUGUUAUUAUAACACUUACCAGAUUGUACAGUUUAACCGAUUACCCUUAGUCAUAAGUUUCAUCGCAAGUAGUAAUGCCAACACAGGUCUGAUCUUCAGUCUUGAGAAGGAGCUAGUUCCUCUGAUUGAAGAACUAAGGCAGGUGGUGGAAGUAGCUUAGCGGUUAUUCAUCUCAGCACUUACAGACAUGUGGAUGAGUAUAAGAGAGCCACGGUCGAUCACUCAUCCAGUCUGAUGUCUUCACGCCUCGAUGUCGUAGUUCAUACACACACACAUGUACAUACAUAAUGUUGGAUGGUCUUGAUGCUGUAUGUCUUUUACGAAUGUAACCUGCUCCUUCUUGUCUCCUCAUUAAUAAAUUUCCCUAAAGCUUUGGUUUACAAAAAUAAA